UGGGAGCCCCAAGGCCCGCGUUCCUGCUGGAAUGUCGCACCUGUGGCUUUUCGUUCCGGGCUCUUUCUCUGUGGUUACCACUCCGAGCUGAUUUUAGGGGGUUUCUCAGCCUCCGGUCCCUAUUUGGGGUGUAGCGAGAAGCCGGACUGGGCCUCUGGGGUCAGGUUUCCCGGUGGAUGGAUCGGGAGACACGCACCUUUGCCGAGCGGUACUACCGGGACCUCCGAGACCCAGUCCCUAGCGGCGGUGGCGGCCCCACACCCAGCGGCGUGACCUUCAUUCAGACCCCGAACGCCUUCUCCUAUGCUGACUUCGUGAAGGGCUUCCUGCUGCCUAACCUGCCCUGCGUGUUUUCUAGCGCCUUCACCGAGGGCUGGGGCAGCAGGCGGCGCUGGGUGACCUCGGAGGGAAAGCCUGACUUCGAGUAUCUGCAGCAGAAGUAUGGAGACGCGGUUGUACCGGUUGCCAACUGUGGAGUGCGAGAAUACAAUUCAAACCCCAAGGAGCACAUGUCCUUCCGCGACUAUAUCAGUUACUGGAAGGACUACAUCCAAGGGAGUUACUCCUCUUCGCGGGGCUGCCUCUACCUCAAGGACUGGCAUCUGUGCAGAGACUCCUUGGUGAAUGACUUGGAAGACAUAUUCACCCUGCCCGUGUACUUCUCGUCAGACUGGCUGAAUGAGUUCUGGGACGUCCUCAAUGUGGAUGACUAUCGUUUUGUCUAUGCAGGCCCCAGGGGCACCUGACAUCUUCCGCUCCUUCAGCUGGUCAGUCAACAUCUGUGGGAAGAAGAAAUGGUUGUUCUUCCCGCCAGGCGAGGAGGAAGCCCUCCGGGACUGCCAUGGUAACCUGCCCUAUGAUGUGACUUCCACUGAGCUCCUGGACACCCACCUGUAUCCCAAGAUCCAGCACCACAGCCUUCCCAUUGAAGUCAUACAGGAGCCUGGUGAGAUGGUGUUUGUGCCCAGCGGGUGGCACCAUCAAGUGUACAACCUGGAUGACACCAUUUCUAUUAACCACAACUGGGUCAAUGGCUGCAACCUGCCAAACAUGUGGCACUUCCUGCAGCAAGAGCUCCAGGCUGUGCAGCAUGAGGUCGAAGAAUGGAAGGACUCCAUGCCUGACUGGCACCACCACUGCCAGGUCAUCAUGAAGUCCUGCACAGGGAUCAAUUUUGAAGAAUUUUACCAUUUCCUCAAAGUCAUCGCCGAGAAGAGGCUCCUUGUCCUGGAGCAAGGACUGAAGGGGGAUUCAGGGGACAGCCGGAGCCUAGACCUGGGCCUACAGCAGGCUGCAUUUGAUAUUGGCCGCCUUGCAGAUGUGCUGGCCUCUGUGGUUGUGAAUCCUGACUUUCAGAGAGUGGACACCAGCGCAUUCUCACCACAGCCAGAAGAGUUGCUUCAGCAGCUGGAGGACGCAGUGGCUGCUGCAGAGGCCCUUUAGUAUGCUGUAGCUCAAGAUGCAGGAAGAAUUCUGGAGAGCAUCUUCUUCAGAAGGCCCAGGGCCCUUCUGGAAAUUCAGGCUACCUUCCCAAGGAAUAGGAUGUGCUCCAAGCCUGUGCCAGUACAGUACUUGCAGAGGGUGAACCUUGAGGAAGGUCCAGCCAAAAUGGGAAUUUAACUCUUGGAGGCUAGAGAGAUGUUCACCCAUCUAGCCUCUAGCAAGCCUGCCAAGAAUGUGAAUUGAGUAGUAGUCAUGAAACCAGGUUUCUUUGGAGCCUCUCAGCCUCUUGUAGUUAUCCUAGGACUCCUGAGUGAUGGACAUCCGACUUGCCUACCUCGGAGGUAUCCCUGUGUAACCUGGAACAUAGAUGUAUAUGUAUGUGUGCAUGUAUGUAUGUAUGUAUGCAGUUGCCCUCCAAGACUCUCAUCCUCUAGUUCUGUCCUAGGAGCUCCAGACUCCAACUGAACUAGGAGGAAUUAAUCAGUGUAUGAAAAGCUGAAGGGGGAGUUCCUUUUUUAUAAGGUAUUUAUUUAUUAUAUGUGAGUACCCUGUAGCUGUUUUCAGACACUCCAGAACAGGGCGUCAGAUCUCAUUACAGAUGGAUGUGAGCCACCGUGUGGUUGCUGGGAUUUUGAACUCAGGACCUCUGAAGAGCAGUCAGUGCUCUUAACUGCUGAACCAUCUCUCCAGCCUGAAGGGGGAGUUCUUAAGCUGGGUGUCAGUGGCUAGAGGCACAGUACUAAAUGGCUGAAAAACCCAGGUUCUGGUCCAUCCAAGUCCCCAGGAUAGAGAUGAUUGUACAGAACUAGGGAGCAGUCGCAUUCUUCUCCAUGGCAGUCCUUCAAGGCCUGGCCUCCUAUGCUAGCUCAUCUGCAGAAGUAUAGGGAGCCCUGUGGAGGACACGGAUAGACCCAGUCUCAGGCUGACCCUGGAUGAGUCAGUGCUUCCUCUGUUGGCUAUGCUCACUGCCCAUGCAUGUUGGAGACAGACAAUUGCUUCAUGGCCUCCAUGAGUCCACAUGACUAGUGUCUGCACACCACCAUGUUCUCUGUGCUGUUUCUAGAAGUAGGGGCUGUGGCUGAGAACAGGCCUCUGAGAGCCUGCUGUUUACUCUGGACUGCAGCAUAGACCACCAGGAUGAGACACAGCUCUAAAUAAUGCUGAAUUUGUGAACAUCUUUGCAGACAACUGUCUAAACCUACAGCCUUCAAGGUCUGAGCUGAGGCCUUAUAGGAACAAGGAAAUUAUAAGUAGAAUUGGCCACAAUCUUUGUAGGGUUCUUAUACAGGACCUUGUGCCAGUGACACACCCUGUCAUCCCUAAGAAACCCUUCUGGGUAAGGCCUGGGAACAUUUCAGAGGAGCCAUGUGAGGCACAGCUGGUGGUGUGCUGUGCUGCAAAGUAGCUAAUUCACCCUGUGAGCUGCAGGUCCUCUACAGACUAAGUGUAAGCAUGUGGGUAGGGGCAGGGACACCUAUCUUUCCGCCCUGCCUGCCACAAGGAGCAGCUCUCUUGGUUGGGACCACUGGAGAGCUAUGGGAGAUUACUAGCGAGGAGGGUGGCACUUGGUGUUAGAUGGAGAGUCAGUGGGAAGAGAUUUACUAAAACCUUCAAGCCCUUUGCCAGCUAAAUAAUGGCAGCACCUCCUAUUUCAGAGCCUAUGCCAGCAUUAUCUUAGGGAGUCCUCAAACAUGGCCAGGUAGAUAAACUUGCUCAGGGAGGUUGUAUCUGGGGCCCUGGUUCCUUUCCUAUGUGGAGACACUUCAACUUCACUCAAGUGGCCCAGCAACUGAAUUUACCUCCCUUACUCUAGACUGACAAAAUUAAGAAAAAUUAACAUCCUAGGCCUUGUGUGAUAGAUAUUAGCUACUAUGUAUUCCCAUGACCAUCAUAACUAGAAUGAUAAUAGAAUCCCAAAUCAGAUUAGCAAGCCAGGAGGGGCCCGUGAUAAAGGGCUCAGCAGGUAAAGGUACUUAACUUGCUGUGCAAACCUGUUGCCGGUUUGAACCCUAGAAUCCAUGUCAAAGUGGAGGAGCCCCUUCAUGCUGCUUAAAUAAUUCAUUGACUGCCCAAACCCUAGCUUGAACCAUAGCUGCCACAAUUUGAAAGUUGUUUAGUGUUUUGUGAGAUCUUAAAUCAUCUCAUUGUGUUGCCCCAGCUGCCAAGGGCACAGCCUUAGUUUAGUGACGUGUUCCCUCCCAAGGAGGGCUCAGAUUCAACUUCACUCAAGUGGGCCAGCAACUUAAUUUACCUCCCUUACUCUAGACUGGCAGAAUUAAGAAAAAUUAACAUCCUAAGAUUCAGGGAAUCCUCUCUACUCAUCCUUCCCAGUGGGAGGAGGAUACACACAUGCCACUAUGCCUGGCUGAGCCUGCAGUUAAAUAGUUGGAGAACUCAAGUGUAGAUACAGAUUAGGGGAGGGUAAAAUAAAAACUCAAGAGCAACAUUAGAAAAUACACCGGAGAAUACCAGAAAUGAAGUGACAAUAUACAAACUAUCUGUAAGACAGCUAAAGCCUUACCUAGAGGGAAAAUGAUAAAUUGGCAGGACUAAGAACAAGUGUUUUGGAUCAAUAGCCAAAAAAAUAGAACAUACACAAUAAAUGGAAAUAACCAGCACAAGUCUUUGAAAUAGAGAAUAGCAGUGAAACCAAAAGUUGGUUUAUAAAAGACCAAUAACCUGGGCUGGAGAAAUGGCUCAGCAGUUAAGAGCACUGACUGCUUUUCCAGAGGUCCUGAGUUCCAUUCCCAGCAACCACAUGGUGGCUCACAACCAUCUGUAAUGGGAUCCUUUGACCUAAUGUCUCUGAAGACAGCUACAGUGUGCUCACAUAAGUCUUUAUUAAAAAUAAAUAGCCUGUGCAUACACCUGUAACCCCAGCACUUGGGAGGGUGCAGAGCGCCAGCGCAACCCUAAACUCUGGGAAGCCUUUCAAGGAAAAUGCAUGCCUUUAUUUUCAUGAAAGUUAUGUGGUUUUAACGUAAUGAUAAGCUUAGAACAGUUACAGUCCCGCCAGGGAAACACCAAAAAAACCCUGUUGUGAAGAAAACAAAUGUACACACACACAAUUAUCCAUGUUCUCGGAGGACUGAAACCACACAAAUAGUGUCAUUGUUAGGUGUCUUCCACCUUAUUUUUUUCAGACAGGGUCUCUCAUUGAACUGGUCUACUCCAGGACAGCCAGAGCUAUUCAGGGAGACCUGAUCUCAAAGAACAAGCAAGCAAACAAACCCAGCUGCUUCUUGGCUGUGGGAAACAAACUAAUUUGGCAGAUUGACACAGGAAUGAUGUGAUGAAGGAAAGUGAAUGGGACAGAGAGAAAAUUAAGUCCUGCAAUAGAAGGGCAAGUCCCCUCUUGCUGAGGAAAUGGGCCAGGAAGCUUUCACGUCUUUCUCUUGUUUCUCACUAUUGGAAUUCACAAGGCAUGGCAGGAGAGCAAUGAGUCAUCUCCUUAGACCCACACAGGACCAAGUGUAUGAAGUCAGGUUCUGUCUUGUCAGCUGGUGUAUGCAAGCUUCGACAAUGACCUCUGUGUGGCUGGAAUUAUGCAAGCGAUUUCUGCAUGCAGGCCUUGCAAAGGGGGAAGAGUACGUAGCUGCAUUCCAGUCAUACCUGGUGACUGACUCACGCAUAGACCAGACCUAGCUAGCUAUUCCUCACACAGGCACCUUCUGCCAGUGCUUGUGUGGGAAAUUCCCAAGUGGUGGCAGCCUUUCUCCCAAAUGCCUCUGAGGAACUGCAACAGGAGGAGACAACCAACUCAACCUGACAGGCAGCAGUUGCCCUCCAUACCCAGCCGCACCAGUCCCUGUCCCAGCACCUACUACUCGCCCACACAUAGGUGCCUCCCAAGUGUCGAAUCAUAACUCCCAAGGAGAAGUCCCUGUACUCUGCAGCACUGCCAGAAUUCCCAUUACAUAGGCACAAGUUUGCAAAUCUGCAUGUUAGAUUUAUAUAUUGUACUGGCUGGUUUUGUGUGUCAAUUUGACACAGGCUGGAGUUAUCACAGAGAAAGGAGCUUCAGUUGGGGAAAUGCCUCCAUGAGAUCUGGCUGUAAGGCGUUUUUUCAAUUAGUGAUCAAGGGCCCCUUGUGGGUGGGACCAUCUCUGGGCUGGUAGUCUUGGGUUCUAUAAGAAAACAAGCUGAGCAAGCCAGUGAGAAACAUCCCUCCAUGGCCUUAGCAUCAGCUCCUGACUCCUGACGUGCUUUGAGUUCCAGUCCUGACUUCCUUUGGUGAUGAACAACAGUGUGGAAAUGUAAGCUGAAUAAGCCCUUUCCUCCCCAACUUGCUUCUUGGUCAUGAUGUUUGUGCAGGAGUAGAAACCUUGACUAAGACAUAGACCCAUAUACCAUCCUUAAGGUGGUUUUCUGUUUAGCUGGUGAAGAAAAAAAAGCCAUUGAGACAUGGAGAAAUAAAUAUGCAGAAGUCUAUGAUCCCUAGUCAUCAGGGCUGAUGCUGAAGAUGCGGAAGGAAAGUAGAGCAGAACAUACAAAGUAUAUGCUAUAUAAAUUAUAUAGAUUAGUAUAUAAAAAAUAAGCCAGUGAUAGAAACAAACAGGGGCAAUGGGGGGAGGGGGAGGGGGACCAGGGAAAGCCCACCCCCAACUGAAACUGAAUCACCUACAAGAGCACACUGUACAAAUAACAUACAGACCCCAAUUUGCUGGCUAGUGGAAACAUUGAGCCUCUGACUUUUCUACCCAUCUAUGGCCCACCUCCCUUCUUGGAAGUAUUCUUUCAUAUUAACCUGUCUCUGUAGCCCUAGACAUGUGUCAGUGUACAAUUCCUUGUAGGGUGCCUCGAGACUCUAAACUUUGCCUAGAACUGAGCACAGUCUGUGUGCAUUCAUCUUUGCUUCAUAAGCAGUGUGCAUGCACAUCCUGAUAGUUCAAAGCACAACAGUUCAUAAAAGCAGUUGUACAAUUAUGUAGUUAACACAGGCAUCCACAUGUGUUCACAGGAAUUACAGGCUGGUGCAGUGGUAGGUGUUCCGGCAGCAUCUACCAUUACGUGUUCUACAGGAUACUGGCAACUAUCCCUGGCCUCACCCCAGGACAAGCAUAGGUGAUGCCAUAGGCCAUGAUCCUUUACAACUGUGAGAACUUCUUCCCUGGGACCCAAGCAUGCAGGUACAUGGGAUUGUAGGAACAGUGGCUCAAGUUUUGAUGUCACAGGAUGCCAUGGAACCCUCACCAGGUCCUGUGAAAUGAGGCCCUGGUGUGUGACAUGGGUAAGCCCAGAAUAUCUAAGUUUUGAAACAUAAACGGUACCUUCCUUAAAUAAGAGCUGAAGAAGGUAUCAGGGCAUAUAGCAUUCUGUGUCUGUGUCUGUGUGUGUGUGUGUGUGUGUAUGGCUUUUCAAGACAGGGUUUCUCUGUGUAGUCCUGGCUGUCCUGGAACUCACUUUGUAGACCAGGCUGGCCUCAAACUCAGAAAUCUGCCUGCCAAGUGCUGGGAUUAAAGGCGUGUGCCACCACAUCCGGCUGGCAUAUAGCAUUCUUAACCACUUGUUGUGACCACUAGAUUCAAUCUUCUUGAAGCCUCAUGGUAUAGGCCCAAAUAGUGUCAGGGCUUUUUUUUUUCUUCUUCUUCUUCUUUUCAUAAUCUCAAGUCUUUGUCUCUGAAAAUCUCCCCUAAGAAUUAUGGAACAUUUAAAGGUAACAUUUGGAUUCAUGGUGUCAAUCUCUUGCAGUUGUAAAAUGAGAGACCUUAUAUCCCUUGAGUAAAGAUUGUGCUAGGCCUUGUAACUUUGGUAUGUACAGCGUACAGGAUGUGAAAAGGAUGUCUACAGAUUGUUAUUGAUAACUUUCUGGAGACCUGCUCUAAAGUUUGAUGGCCACAUUCCCAGGGCUGCAGAAGGACCUUCCAUCGUCCUCAGGGACGAGAAUGGGUAAUGCUGAAGAUUCUGUGGAGUUGUUUCCUUUGGUUGGUUUUGUUUGCUUGCUUGCUUUCUUCCUCUCUCCCUCCUUCUCUUCCCUUUCUUUCCUGUCUCUACCUCUCUAUUUGGGGGAUUAAAGGUAUACCACCACAUCCAGUUGAUGCUGAGGAUUUUGAUAGCAGCUGCAGUCCCAAGUCCAUGGGUUGGUAAGGAAGCCAUCCCUGUUUUCCACCUGGUGAAAACAGUUGAUGCUGAAUAUUGGGGAUCCUGGUAGCCAUGCUCCUGGAGCAAGAAAUAGCUACAGACAGGGACUGGGGUGGGUAACUGAAACACUUUAUUCUACACACUGAUAAAACUCCAAUAGCAUAGCCAUGUAGUAUAAUACUAUAGUAAAAUAGUGGUUAGUUACAUACCAUAUAAACUAGUUAUAUAAUAUAUACUACUCAUAUACAAACUAUACUGUAUCCUACAGAUACAUGUAUAUACAUGCAUACACUGUAUGUACUAAAUAAUACUAUAUUAUAUACUAUACCAAGAUACAUAAAUCUCUUUGAAUAGUUUGCAAAAAGUUUCAAUAAAAUACUACAAAAUUGUAUCUAAUAUAAAAAGACACAUUCCAUGCUUUAGCCCAGAGAAACAAUGUUUUCGCAUUGUAAAGUCAAUGCAUUGCACAGCCAUCUCCAGUGUACCAUGUACCUUUCAAAGAGACAUGAGCUCAGUACUUCCUGUACCCAAUAGUCUUUUUCUAGAUGAGUUCUAGCAUCACUUCGAAUGAAGAUGGGAAACUGAAGGUCUUGUGACAGUUCUUAAGCUCAGAAUUUCUGCAGAGUGUUUCCUUGCUUCUCAGAAAGAAGUGUAAAAUUGAAGCCUGCCCACAUUACUUAGGCCUACAGGUGUUUUCCCCUCUGGUCCUUUUUAUGCCUUUGAGGAACACUGAGAAUCUGAGUGCUUCCCCCAUGUUCCUAGUCCUAGUGUUUUAGCUAAGUAUGUGUUCUUUCACACAGCCUGAGACAGCUGUGGCAUCUGAAGCCUUACCUCUUUUCUCACAAACGUGGGCUUCCUACUGUUCAGUGUGAACCUUUUUUGUGUCCUUUAUGGAGAUUAGGAAAGCACUGGUUUUUCAUAGUCUUUACAGUCACUCUGAUGAUAUGCUGUCCAAGGAGUAGUUUCUUUGAGGGCAAAUGGAAACGGUGACAUUUACCAUAUUUAUUUGUACUCAAAGGACAUGUCUCCCGUACAAGUUUACUCAUGUUUUCAAGGCAACUGUAGUCAGUGGCUCUCCAGUGCUUGCAUUAAUAGGGAUACUCUCCAACAUGAAUUCUUUAUGGUUCUGAGGAUACCUGGAAGAAGUGAAGGAUUUACCGCAUUGUCUGCAUUCACACUGUUUCUCUCCUGCAUGAGAGUUUAUUUGAUGUGCUCUAAAUAUGCUGGGGCUGUGAAAUGUGAAAGGCUUUUUUUCACAUAUUCACAUUAAAAAGGUCAUUUCCA